AUGUAUUUUUCAGGUACUGGUAAUGCUAAGAUUAUUACUAUGCAAAAUAAAUGCGACUUCACAAUAUGGCCUGGAUAUCAAAUAGUAAUUCCUUUGGCAGAGGGUGGAAGGAGAAACGUAGACAGUGGUUUUGAGUUGAGUGCUGGUAAAUCGGUGAAUUUUACGGUUGUCGAUUAUGCCACUAUCUGGGGUCGCACUGGGUGCUCAUUUAAUGAAUCAGAGUUUGGAUCAUGCAUCACCGGCGACUGUGAGGGUCGAUUAAGAUGUGGCGACAUAUUUGGCCGGCAGUUUAUACAUCAACAACCUGUCACAUAUGCUUAUUUGGAGUUUGGAAAAAAUGAAUAUCCUGAUUUUUUUGCAAUUAACGUAGGGGCUGGGUAUAAUGCACCAAUUUCUAUAAUACCUUAUGGUGGUAGUGAUGCCGGUGACAAUAAAUGCAAGGCUACAAGUUGCUCUAUAGACUUGAAAGAGAGUUGCCCAGAUGAGCUGAAGCAGAGAUUUAAUGGUAUUACUGUAGCAUGUCGAAAUCCUUGCUUUCAUUACCCUUCUGUUGAGCCUCAGUUUUGUUGCCCAUACUAUGGAUAUGAGAAAGACGAUUGCAAGCCUACAAAUUACUUUCAAGUGUUUGAGGCUGCUUGUCCUUCAGCUGGUUCCACUCCUGAAUUUGAUAUCUCCAGAUCGUCAAUGUGCUCAAAUGCUAAUAAUUACUUAAUUAGUUUUUGUUGA